AUGCCGAGGGGCUGCUGGCCCACGGCAGCGUGCCGGACGUCUUUCAGCCCCUCUCUGCCGCAGAGCAGGGAGGGCCGGCAGGACAAAAGGCGACAUUCUUCGGAGCGGAAUAAGCAUGAAUGGAGUAUUGAGAAAUGCGAUGGGCAGCAGGAGGACCCUCGAGCGGAGAUGAGCCCUGGCCCGUGCCCGGUGUGCGGGGCGCUGCCUGCCUCCCUGCUCCUCCUCUUCCUCCUCCUCGGCCCCACGGGUGAGCGCUGGCUGGGCCAGCUAGCAGCUCCCGGGCACGUGCCAGGAGAGCAGCUUGGUUUCAUUAGGCUGCUAACAGCCACCCUUGGCACCUCUCUGCUGAGCUCCGUCCAAGGGUUUCGGGGAGCUGCGGGGACCCGCGGGAGCCAAGAGCGAGGGCGGUGGCGGGCGAGACGCAGGGGGCUGGAGCUGCCAGCUCCGCUGGAGCAGAGCCGAAAUAAUUCCCAGCACGUGCAGCUGGUCCCAGCCCUGCUCCCUCCAUCCCUGUGUGUUUAUCUGGGGAGCCCUGACCCUGCCUUCUCUGUUUCAGGCGCCUCCGAGCCUGCUCCGCUGCCGUUCCCAGAGCUGCGCCUGGCCAACGGGCCCGGCCGGUGCCAGGGCCGCCUGGAGAUCCUCCACAACGGCUCGUGGGGCACGGUGUGCGACGACGACUGGGACAUCGUGGACGCCAACGUGGUGUGCCGCCAGCUGGGCUGCGGCCACGCCAUCGCCCUGCCGGCGCCCAUGACCUUCGGGCAGGGCAGCGGGCCCAUCUUCCUGGACAACGUGGACUGCAAGGGCCGGGAGGCGGCGCUGAGCGAGUGCUGGAGCCACGGCUGGGGCAUCCACAACUGCUACCACUACGAGGACGUGGGCGUCGUGUGUAACGAGCUCUUGCCCACGCCAGCAAGCGAAGGGCCGACCAGCAGGACUGCCACGGCCUCGGGGCGCAGUGGGGAAGGCGACGGCAGCAUCCGGCUGGUGAGCGGGGCGGACGCCUGCCAGGGCCGGGUGGAGAUCUUCUACGGCGGGAGCUGGGGCACGGUGUGCGACGACGACUGGGGCCUGAGCGACGCCGGCGUGGUCUGCAAGCAGCUGGGCUGCGGCCGAGCGCUGGAGUCCAAGAGCAACGCCUAUUUCGGCUACGGCACGGGGCGCAUCCUGCUGGACAACGUCAACUGCGAGGGCAGCGAGCCCGUCCUCUCCGCCUGCUACAGCCUGGGCUGGGGCAUCCACAACUGCGGCCACCACGAGGAUGCCGGGGUCAUCUGCACGGGCCUGGACACGUCCACCAUCACGUCCUUCACCACCUCGGUGGCCCUGGACUACCAGGAGACACUCACUGCCACAGCCACAGCGGUGACAGACGGCCGUGAGCAGCCCACGCCGGUGACCGAGGUGGCCACAACCGUGCUCCUCACCUCCCAGAUGGAAAGUGCCGGCGUGCGGCUGGCGAACGGCAACGGGAGCUGCCGCGGGCGCGUGGAGGUGCGGCACGGCGGCACCUGGGGCACCGUCUGCGACGACGACUGGGACUUCCCCGACGCCCAGGUGGUGUGCCGGCAGCUGGGCUGCGGCCACGCCAUCUCCGCCACCGUCCUCGGCUUCUUCGGCUUCGGCAGCGGGCCCGUGCUGCUGGACAACGUGGGCUGCGCCGGCGGCGAAGCGCGGCUGGCCGACUGCUUCCACCUGGGCUGGGGGCAGCACAACUGCGGCCACCACGAGGACGCCGGCGUCGUCUGUCGAGGUGCUGACGACUCAGGAGACCAUUCCCAAGAAGCCACCGUCACAGCCACCACGCCAGCCCCGACCCACCCGGAGGACGGCUCCCUGCGCCUGGUGAACGGCAGCCACCGGUGCGAGGGGCGCGUGGAGAUGUUCCACCUGUCCCAGUGGGGCACGGUGUGCGACGACGCCUGGGACCUGCGGGACGCCGAGGUGGUGUGCCGGCAGCUGGGCUGCGGGCGCGCUGUGGCGGCCCUGGGGGAAGCGCCCUACGGCCGGGGCGCCGGCUACAUCUUCCUCGACAACCUCAAGUGCAAGGGCAGCGAGCCCUCGCUGCUGCGCUGCUCCCACAUCCGCUGGGACGUCCACAACUGCGACCACUCGGAGGACGCCGGCGCCGUCUGCAGCCUCCUAUGACCGGCCGCC